CGGAGGAGCGGGUUGAUAUGGAGGGAGAAGGCUGUGUGGUGCGUGCACAGGGCCCCAUAGACAAUGCAUUGCACGCCACUGCUGGCUACAGCUGCUGAGCAGAAGUUACAGACCUUCCAGGCAAAGUGUCCACCAUGACCAAGUGCAUUGUGAAGGACUGUCACAGUAAUUCUGGGACAGACAGCGGGGUCUUACUACACGGUUUUCCAAGCUCUCUUGAUCUAAUUAAACUUUGGUUACAACAGACGGGUAACAGCUUCAGCGACAUAGAUGCGUUUGCACGGAACGUUCUGUAUUCUAGAUCUGACCGCUAUCAGAUGUGCUCCAAACAUUUCUCCCCAAAAAGUUACGUUACCAAUGGCACAAAAAUGGUUCUGAAGCAAGAUGCGGUUCCCACACUUUUCCAAGAAGCACAGUGCGUCUCCAAAGGCCCAUCAUGCCAGAAGGUUCGAGAAGAAGCAGACGCGCGUCUACAUUCUGCUUCAUCCAAGGCUUAUGUAGAGAAUCGGCCCACUUCACCGCAACACAGACAAAGAAAUCUACAUACAGAUGAGCAAGAAAAUUCUGAAUGUAUGGAAGAGAAACAAUGUUCAACAGUUACAAUGAAAAUGAUUGACAAAGCAGUCGGUACUGAUUCAUACUAUGAUAUCAUUGAGAGCAAGAUUGAGAAGAUGCUGAAUAAAAGACUCCUAAACAUUGCAAUGGAAAUAAUCACUAUGCUUGCUGGUGAGGAAUAUAUGAUGGUGAAAAAGAACUCCCACGUGCCUAACACAUCAAAAAAUGAGGUGCCUGUAAAAUGUGGUGAUGUCUCAAUCUCUUUCUCCAUGGAUGAAUGGGAUUAUAUAGAAAACCAUAAGGAUCUUUAUCAGGAGGUGAUGGCAGAAAGUGAUCAAAGGCCCAGCAGUUGUUCACCCCCAGAAGAACCAGCAGAGCCCUGUAAUGAAUUUGUAACACAAACCUCUGUUACUGAUAAUCAUGAAGAUGGCCAAACCAGAGAGAACUUUAAACAGGUGGAUGUUGCAACCAACACAUUCACAAGUGAAUCAAGUACUGCGUCAAGUGAUCAAGAAAUAGAGGAGCUUUGUGUAAACGACUCCAUGGAGACCAUUGACGAGCAAGAGGAGGCCUAUACGGAUGAUUCUAAAAGCAGUGAUUUUGGAGAAGAGCCCUACAUUAUGACUUGUUCCCCUGGAGAGAUGGUAGAAGAUGGCAAAACCAUGUUACAUGGUUCCCAAGCAGAGGACGAGGAAGGGUCUAUGCCUGCUGAGUCACCAAAGCAGGCAAUGGAAAAUCUUGCUUACUCUUCUACGUCUGGUCAGUGUGAAGAACAGGCUUGGAGCGAUUAUGAGAGAUAUGUUGGAGAUCCCAGUUACACAUCGGGAGAGCCGGUACAAAUUAAGGAAGAGAACAGUCAGUUUAACUACAACUACAGUGAAGAACCAGCUUUUAUAGAUCCCAAUCCCACCCAUGAGGAACGUAGUGAGCUGUUUGACACCAUGAAUAACCUUCUCAUCCACCAAAUCACAUUUGGCCAGUCUUCUUCAGCAGAUAAGCCCUAUGCUUGCAGCCACUGUGAGAAACGUUUCGCUAAAAGAUCACACUUGGGAAUGCACCUUAAAACUCAUACAGGAGAACGGCCUUAUGCCUGUGCCGACUGUGGCAAAAAGUUCACUCGAAGGUCAAACAUGCUGACGCACUACCGUACCCAUACUGGAGAAAAGCCAUUUGCUUGCCCCAAGUGUGGCAAACGGUUCACACAGAGCUCUCACAUGGUGACACACCAAAGGACGCACUCUUCUGACAAACUCUUCAGUUGCCCUGAGUGUAAGAAGCGUUUCACUAAGUGGUCCUACCUAAACUUCCACCUUCGAACACAUGGAAUAGAAAAACUGAAUGUACCCUGACAGUUGCUUGGUUGCACCUGUGAUAUAGAUCAGCAGACUUAAAUUCGUCCAUUAACUAUAUGCUAAAAAAAAAAAAUGCUCCAAUAAAACAUGAAAAAUGUUUAUUUAAACUUCAAGACCACAACCUUCUUGCUAAGUGUUACUCAUUUUCACCAUCAGAUUGUCAUGGAAGGUAAAUCUGAGCAUCUGAAUUUAUGCCUAAGAGUACAUAGGCCAAUAAUUCUAUUGUCCCAGCUUUCUGAGCCCACUGCAUCCUCUGUUAACCACGUUGGAGCAUGAGAGGGAGGUUGCACAGAACAAAAUUGCGUGUCAUGGCCAGAAGCAGAAUGAGAACCCUAAUGAAUAUGGCUGCAUUGGAUUACAUAGAGCUCAGAUUAAUGGUUAAUAAGGACUUUCUAAUAUUCGUGCAGUUUUAUGUCUUGGACAUCUUUUUCCUGACUGAUUUGCUUGCACAGAAAGUUUCUUACAGUGGAACUGACGCUUAUACUACAUUGUUUUGAAACAAUGGAGAAGUGCCAAAACCGUCAUUGUAUAUCUUGUUAUGACAAGAUAAAACACAAACUAUAUACCAGCAACAUAUUUUGUAUUGUUUUUUGCAGUCCUUGAACUGAUCUGACCAUGUAACUUGUGUCUGGAGAAAUCCUAACACAGCCAUCCAGAUCUGCCCUCUGUGACUGAACUUGUCUUUCCUUACGGAGCUACUUUUCUUUGCAAUGAAGGAGAAUAUUGCCGCAUGAAAUGUGUUAAAAAAAAAA